AUGCGUUCAUCUAUUGUGUCUCGUCUGCGUAACUCACCUGAAUUGAUCAGACUGAGUCGCAGCGGAUUUGAUGACUGGUGCCCGACCGAUUCUCUCACCGUCGAGUUAAUGUGCAUGAUGCUGCCAAGCGAUACAGAUAAUGACUCUCAUGAAGAAUCGAUCGAGGAGAAAGGACUAGUAGAUCGAAUACUUUCUAUUGAGGACAAUAGUGAGCAAGGCAGUCGCUGGACACUUGUAACGGAUCCAUUGAUAUUGAGGACACUUUCUCCCGGAGCGAGAUAUGUCGAUGUUAGAGAUCAUGGUCAAGGGUGUUAUGGUGUCAUCUGGUGUUCGGAUAGAUCUUCUUUUGAACACUGCAUUAAGAAUUCGAAUGCAUUAAUUAAAGUUGUGAAAGCUAAUAGAAUGAAAUUGUUUGUCUAUGUGAUGCACGCUGUUGGAAAUGCAGCCUUCCGGCUUGUGUUUGGGAAUGUAGAUGCGUGUUUGAUACCUAAAAUAGGAGCCCUUAAUAAUGCAAUAACACAGCUGCUAGAUGUGCUGAGGCAUCCCGAGGACUACAUGGACCGAGCGUUAGAAAUCUUUGAAAGAGUUAUCCGUUGCUUCAAUGAACUGGACGUUCGGUUGAAACGAACAGAGAAAUCUAUGAAGAAAUUUGUUGAACGACAAGAAACAUUUGAAAUUCUUGGAUCGCUGGUGGAACUCGCCGCCGUACUUUUUGCUGGUAUAUUUGUAACGUUCUUAUAUAAAAAUUGGCAAACAAUCGGUUGGGACAUGAAAAUCGCCCACGUAUUAGGGAUCUCUGGGACGGUUGGCAUAGUGUUCUCGGUCAAUCAAUUGAAGGAAGUUGCAGUUAUCUGCGGAAGAACUGUUGAAAACGUCCAACUGCUACUUCAACAACCGUUGGAUGCUGUUGCAGAUGUAGUACACGUGUAUGCAGCCUGA